AACAACAUCAAGAAUCAAGUUGCAAAAAGCAAAAUACAAGUGGAUGGAGUAGAGGAAUGAAGAAAGAAGAUUGUAGAAAGUAUCAAAGACAUUUUGUUAUGCGUAGAUUGUGUGUCAUGUUAAGGUGUAAGAUUAUUGAUAUUUGAUUAAUUGAUGCAAAAUAUUGAUGUUUAGUAUUUGGUUAUUUCAAAGUAUUGUAAAAACGUCUUUUCUUAUGCAGCAAUUGUAUUUUACUUUAUGAUUGCUACAAACCAAAGACAAUAACCUAUACAUAUUAUCCUGAAAAGUGUUGAAUAGUUUAAUUUCAGGAUGGAUGAUAGUGUAUUAACUACUCUUAAAAUUUUAAUCAUUGGCGAGAGUGGUGUUGGAAAGUCUAGUCUUUUAAUGCGGUUUGUGGACAAUGAAUUCAAUGCUGAUCAAGCAAUUACGAUUGGAGUUGACUUCAAAUGUAAAAAAAUUGCCUUGAAUGGGAAUACCAUUAAGUUGGCCAUCUGGGACACAGCUGGUCAAGAACGGUUCCGAACGUUAACACCCAGUUACUACCGGGAUGCACAGGGAGCUAUCCUGGUUUAUGAUGUUACUAAGAAAGAAACUUUCACCAAGCUAGAAACGUGGCUUAAUGAACUCGAAACUUAUUCAACAAAAAGCAAUAUAGUUAAAAUGGUUGUAGGAAAUAAAAUUGAUAUGGAUAAUAGGGAAGUGUCACGUGAUGAUGGAAUGAAAUUUGCCAGAAGACAUGCCACUUUAUUCAUUGAGUCAAGUGCUAAAACUACUGAUGGUGUUCAAUGUGCCUUCGAGGAACUCGUUCAAAAGAUAAUACAAACUCCCGGAUUAUGGGAAACACAAGAGGAGACCAGUAAGAGAGCAGCCUUUCGGGCGUCAUCAGACAAUGACCCACAGCAAUCUUCUUAUUGCUAUUGCAAUUAUUUUUAGAUAUUAGAAUUUUGUAAAAAUAUUGGCGGCGCGGGGUUUUUGUUAUGCUAAUAUGCAAUUUGUAAUUUUAUGUAUAAUACUUUCUAUUCCACUCAGAAUGUUCUAUUUAUUUCUUUUAGUCAUUUACACGCAACAAGAUGUAUGCAAUUACUUAGCUUACCAGAUUUUCUUCUUUUAUUAGUGAUAUUAUUAUUAUUAUUACAUCAAUAAAUAUUUCCCUUGGAAAUAUUACAUCAAAGUAAAGGUUUGUAUUAUUUUAGAAUAUUUUUUGUUAGGUGCAAUCGUAUGAGAAUAAUAAGUUUUGAUUUUUCUUUCGAAAUGAGAAAACUUAAUUAUAGACUCAUGCUUCCAAUGAAAACAAUUACUAUGUUCUUUUGAAUUUCUACGCAUCACAUUCAAGCUUUAGUAUUUAAUUAUUUUUAUAAUAAGAAAUAUUUAUUGAUCAAAUAAUUAAACAAUUUUUAAAAUAUA